AUGCCCACACCGUGUUUUGUCCCAAAAGACAAUAUUUCCCCGAUUGUUGAUCAUUCACCGUCACAACCAUUAACAUAUGUUGUCUCACGACAUACUUCAAUUUCUGCUAAUCCACCACCUUCAACACCUGUUACUAUUGGUAAUAAGACUCAAGGGUCACGAUGCUCCAAUUCUAGUCAUGGGGUUGCACCUGAUGGGAGAACAAUGAUAUGGCCGGAUGGUCGAGAGUGGUUACCGUGUAGGGUGGCCUCGAGAGUCCUCACCUCAGUCAUUAAAUCACAAUAUGUUGAUCCGUAUCCUAGCUGGAGAGCAAUCCCAGAAUUAACUUUGGAACGCUGGUUCGGCAAAUUUGGUGAAAAAGUUGUUUGGUUUCCUGAGCACAAUUUUCAAAUUAAGAAUAUAUUCAAUACAAAAGGAUCAAUGCGUCUUUCUGAUAUGUUGAUGCAAGCGAGAAAGAAGUGCAAGUGUCCAAAUUGGAUGGGAGAAACUAUUUGGAAUGAUCUUGAGAAGAUAUGGAUGGAUCCGUCGUAUAAGGAGAUAUCAAAUCGAGCUAAGAAAAAUUGUGUUUCUUCUAAAGGAGGACAUGUCCAUAUUGGUGGAUCUAUAUCCAUUGCUGAACAUACCAUUCGGAUGGAAACAUUUCAAAGUAAGUUGCAACAGGCCUCCAAAGGUGGGGAAGCAUCUAGUAGUUAUAGCCAAGUGGUUAAUGCGGAAGCUCGCUUAGACAUGUGGGUCCAAUCUGUUGGGGGGAAGAAUAAAGGAAGGAUCUAUGGUGCUGGAGAUAGAUCCUUGCUUUAUAGACCAGGUGUCACAAGUCUAGCUGAGUCAUCUCGUCGUCAUCGUCAUCCAGAUUAUGACGAGGAUGAGUCUAGCGAUGGUGACGGCGAGGAGUAA